GCGCCAGUACAACAGCGGCCAAUUCUGGAACUAACAGACUUUGUCGACGGCAUUUUAAGUGAGAAAUGGAAACUGUUUUUGGACACAUUGCUCACUCCCAGCGGGACUGUCACAGUCAGGAAGGGUGUGAGGAUUUGGAAGAGAGUUUAAAAAUUAUUUUCCAGUAGAUGGGAGUAUACACUUCAUUUUCCAACAACAAGUAACUUGAAAGAGGAAGAAGAGGCUGAGACAUUGACGGAGUGGAUACGUGUGCAGAUUUGGUUCGGCAGAAUGGCUUACAGUGGCAGGAAAGAUUCCCCGGAGCUGCCUGACUUCUCUCUGCUCAAGAGACUGGCCAGAGACCAGCUCGUCUAUCUGCUCGAACAGCUUCCAGGAAAGAAAGACCUUUUUAUUGAGGCAGACUUGAUGAGCCCUUUGGAUCGUAUCGCCAACGUUUCCAUCCUGAAGCAACAUGACGUUGACAAACUAUAUAAAGUAGAAUAUAAACCCAUAAUUAGCACAUCAGAUCAGCUCUGUUUUCUGAUACGACCAAGAAUAAAAACAGUGAAGUGGAUAUCUGAUGUGGUAAAUGCAGACAAAGCUGGAGGGAAAUUCAGAAAAUACAAAAUUAUAUUUACCCCUCAGAAGUUUUAUGCAUGUGAGACAGUGCUGGAGGAGCAGGGGGUCUUUGGAAACGUGUCAAUGGAUGAAUGGGGCUUCCAUCUACUGCCUUUGGAUGAUGACAUCAUCAGUCUGGAACUCUCAGAGUUUUUUCGGGACAACUAUCUGGCUGGAGACCUGCGUUGGGUGAGGACAGCUGGCAGCGCGCUACAUCUCCUUCACUCCAUUUACGGACCGUUUUCAAAGGUUUAUGGGAUUGGAAGGUGUUCAAAGAUGGCGUACGAGUCUUGGAAAGAGCAAGCGAAAGAGGAAGAGCAAAAGCCUCGGAACUCUGAAAUAGGAAAUGUUUUCUUAAUUGAUAGGGAUGUGGACUUUGUCACCCCUAUGUGCUCACAAGUGGUUUACGAAGGACUUGUGGAUGAUAUCUUUAGAAUCAAAUGUGGAUGUGUAGAAUUUGGGACUGAUGUUUCCUCCUCAGACAAAAGCAUCAAAGUCAUGCUGAACUCUCAAGAUAAGGUCUUCAAUGAAAUCAGAAAUGAACAUUUCUCCAAUGUCUUUAGCUUUCUCAGUCAGAAAGCCAGGAAUCUUCAGGUCGCAUAUGAUAAGCGUCGAGGAAUGGACAUAAAGCAGAUGAAAACGUUUGUGUCAGAGGAACUUAAAGGGUUGAAACAAGAACAUCGGCUCCUGAGUCUCCACAUCAGCGCAAGUGAAUCAAUCAUGAAGAAGAAAACGAAACAGGAUUUCCAGGAGCUGUUGAAGACAGAACAUUCUUUACUCGAAGGUUUUGAAAUACGUGAAUGUAUUUCUUUCAUUGAGGAACAUAUCAACAGGCAGGUUUCCAUGACAGAAAGUCUUCGACUGCUUUGUCUUCUGUCUUUAACAGAAAAUGGGCUUCUGCCAAAAGACUACCGAUCUUUAAAAACACAGUAUUUACAGAGCUAUGGAGUGGAGCACCUGCUCACAUUUGCCAACCUCAAGCAGUCGGGGCUGCUUGUAGAACAACAGCAGGGUGAAACACUGACUGUUAUGGAGAGCAAAGUGGGUAAACUUGUCAACGAUAAGACAGCAGGCAAGCUGACAGAUGCCUUUUCCUCUUUGGCAAGGAAAAAUAAUUUCAGGGCCCUUAGCAGAAAGCUCAAUUUGGUGCCAAAGUCAGAUGACGAAUAUGAUCUACGUCUCCCAAGGGACAUGGCUUACGUUUUCAGUGGUGCUUACAUCCCACUGAGCUGCAAAAUCAUUGAGCAGGUGUUAGAGCGAGAUGGUUGGACUGGGCUUGAAGAAGUUACCAAGUUGCUAAAUGGAAAUGAGUUCGCUGUCACGGGAAAAAACGGAGCCAAUAAUGAGGCACAGCGCAUCGUCGUUGUCAUGUUCCUUGGGGGAUGCACCUACUCUGAGAUUUCAGCUUUACGUUUUCUUGGUAGAGAAAGAGGUUAUAAAUUUAUUGUGGUAGCGACUGCAAUUGCAAGCAGUUCAAGACUGUUGGAAGCCUUGCUGGGUAACCAUGUAUGACUGUCAGUUCACCAUGUUGGACAUCACAGACAUUCCUUUCACCUGUCCUCCAACUCUGACACUACGCAUAAAAUCUUGACUUGUCAGAAAUUGGCCGACAAGAAUUGAAUAAAGAG